AUGGAGACCUUGUUCGAUCGAGUCAUAACGCAUCCUUAUUAUUUUUUGGUGGCGAUUUUUGUGGCCAUAAAAUGCCUGAGGUAUAUCAAUAAUCUCCGACGAGCUGUGGCAUCUCCCCUGAGUAAUAUACCAGGCCCAUGGUAUGCCCCUCUUACAUCAUUGCAUCUCAGUUGCGCCUUUGCAACCGGAGAGAUAUGGAAGGCCGUCCAAGCAGCCCAUGCGGAGUAUGGGCCCAUUGUUCGGUUAGGUCCACGUCACAUUUGGAUAGCGGACAAAGAUGCGAUACAAAAAGUCUUGAUGACGGUUGAUCUCCCAAAGGUGGCUAUGUAUGCCGAAAUAUCUAGGGACCGGGCCAGCCCCGGGCUGUUCGGUGAGAUACGUCACGACCCUCACAAACGCCUGAAGCGGUUCCUCGCCCCCGCCUUCACCGUCGCCUACAUUGACAACCUGGAAUUUCUGUUCGCCAAAUGCAUCCGGGAUUUGAUUUAUAGAUACACGGCCCUGCUAGGCGAGCGCUCUGUUGUUGAUGCGCGGCCAUCUUGCGUUACCGAUCUCAUGGACGAUAUCCAUAAGCUGGCGCUGGAUAUCAUGGGAGAAUGUUCGUUCGGUCGAGGCUUCGGAGAAACGAAAUCUGCGGACCACAUUGAAACUGACAAUAUAUGGCAAAGCAUCCCCCCUUCGGUAUUGAAAGGGAUGAGGCGAAGGUACCAAACGGUGUAUCUCAAGCGCUUUAUUCGCAGGCUGGGAUUCGACCUCAAGUUCGAUUGGCCCAAGGAGAUGAUCACUGCCAUUCAUUCCAUCAUCCAUCAAAGGAACGCGGAUAGGGCUAGCGUUCGAUCAGACCUCCUUCAGCAUAUGGUGGAGAAAGGCAAGAGACCCGACAGUGGCUUGAAGAUGGCCACUCGCGAUAUCGUAGAUCAGAUGGCUGAGAUUCUCCUUGCCGGAUCCGAAACCACGUCCGGUACCAUUGCUUGUAUCUUCCUAGAGCUCCUCCGCCAUCCCCGUGUCAAGAAACAGCUCAUGGCAAGCCUCCCGGUAUUGAAGCCAUCAGAACAGAUUAUAUCCAGCAAGACUAUUCGAACAGACGCGAGGUAUGAGUAUUUGGAAGCGUGCAUCAAGGAGACCCUUCGACUGCAUCCCAUCGCAUCCGAGAUGGGCCGGCGAACGGGGAAGGAACACAUCGAGCUCUGCGGGUAUCUGUUACCACCGCACACAGUCGUGUCAGCUUCCUAUCGAGAUCUCCAUCGGAAUCCGACAUUUUGGCCGCAGCCUUUGCGAUUUUGGCCCGAACGUUGGCUGCAGCACAGACCUUCCGACGUGCCCUCGCCCGACAUGCAUGCUUAUUACCCCUUUUCUGCGGGAAGGCAUUCAUGUAUAGGUAAAAACUUUGCAUGGGCGGAGAUGCGCAUGGUGACCGCAAACCUGUUGUCGCGGUUCGAUUUCACCGAAGUGCCCGGACAGGAGAUCGACUAUCGACAAUACAUCACUAUGCAAUUUCAACAUGGAUCAUGGCAGGUAGUUCUGAAACCCAGGUGCUAAUUAUAUUCCUUCGGGCAAUGCCUGGGAUGAGGAGGCUGAGUACGUGGCCCAUCUGAGGUUCUAAACCCUUCACUGUGGGCUGGGUAUGGUGUAUGCAGUCGGCGGGGAAUGUUAAAUCACGGCCUGCCCCAUAAGGAGAGUGACUUUAACAAGAAUUGCGUGGCUCUAGAAGGCCCAUUGGAACACCGGCCAAACUGGUUCGCU